GACAAAAGUGAGCAGUCCUCUCUGUGCUGUGGUGUAAUUACUGUCAAACAUAUCCAGUCAGCAAGAUGUCCGUGGCCUGUGUUGCCCUGAGUCGAAAUGUUUUGGCUAUUAGGAACUCUGGCAUGAUGGUGAUGGUGCGGUAUGCUCAGACUGCAGCUGCUCCGGUUCCUGAACCCAGAAUCAAGAAGUUCCAGGUUUACCGCUGGGACCCCGACACCUCCGGAGACAAACCACGAAUGCAGACUUAUGAAGUUGAUCUUAACACCUGUGGUCCAAUGGUUCUGGAUGCACUCAUUAAGAUCAAGAAUGAGAUUGACCCCACGCUCACAUUCAGACGCUCCUGUCGUGAGGGUAUCUGUGGCUCAUGUGCCAUGAACAUCAACGGAGGCAACACGCUGGCAUGCCUUAACAAAAUUGACACAAACACAAGCAAACCGACAAAAAUCUACCCACUCCCACACAUGUAUGUGGUCAAAGAUCUGGUGCCUGAUAUGAGCAACUUCUAUGCACAGUACAAAUCCAUCGAGCCAUACCUGAAAAAGAAGGAUGAAACUCAAGAAGGGAAGGAGCAGUAUUUCCAGUCAGUGGAGGACAGGCAAAAACUGGACGGCCUGUAUGAGUGCAUCCUCUGUGCUUGCUGCAGCACCAGCUGUCCCAGCUACUGGUGGAAUGGAGACAAAUACCUGGGACCUGCUGUCCUAAUGCAGGCUUAUCGGUGGAUGAUUGACUCCCGUGAUGAAUUCACUGAGGAACGUCUGUCUAAACUUCAGGACCCCUUCUCUCUCUACCGCUGCCACACUAUCAUGAACUGCACUAAGACUUGCCCCAAGGGACUCAACCCAGGAAAGGCAAUCGCAGAGAUCAAGAAAAUGAUGGCGACUUACAAAGAGAAGAAAGCAGCAGCUUCAUGAACGUCUGAAAACCCAGCUCUCUCAAGAUCCUCCAAGAAUACCUCAAACUAAGUUAAGAGGAAGAGAAGAGCAAACCAGGGAGUUUUGCCUGCAUCAGCACCUUUUAUGAUUUUCAUGCAUGUGUGAGAUGUGAGUGUGUGGAUGUGAGAGAGUGUAAUUGUAUAAGGGAGCAGAAAACAGGAAAGAGUCAGAAUAAGGUGAUGGAAAGAACUUCUCGAGCAAAACAUUUUGAGUGAUGCAACAUGUUGGACCAUAUCUCUGCUAUUUGUGUGCACAGUGGAAAAAACAAGGCUCUGUUGUAAUUGCUCUUGAAAAUUGUAUUCAGACUGUAAAUAUUUAAAUAUUUGUUAAUUAAAUAUGUGCUGAACUUAUUAUGGAAUUCAAACGUAUGUUUUUGGAUGAGUAAAGCACAUUUGUUGAUUGCCUUUGCAACUUACUUUACAAUUAACAAUCCUGAAGGAUCUAA